ACUACAGCAAGCAUCACGAAUUGGAAUCAAGUUUCACAAGUAAGCGGUGACACAACAGGGGUUGCACUGAAACAGUAUUGCCAACUAAAUGGUGGGUACCCACCACAUAUUUUUUUUGACCCUCAAUACCCUGGCUGGUAUUAUGAUACUAUUACCCAGGAAUGGUGUUCUUCGGAAUUAUUUACUGCAUCUGAUCUGUCCACUGCCCAAACUCAAGCGAAUGAGAAUGGAUAUGCUUCGACCGAAACAUUCUCUGGAAACAAUGAUCAGAAGACAGACGUUGCAUAUGAUCAAGUUAAUAACUCUGGAUCCCAAGGCUUUAGUAACCAAGGCAAAGAUCAGAGCUGGGCUGGGUAAUUCAGUAAUAAUAAUCAACAAAGUUCAAGAAUGUGGAAACCUGAAACUGUUGCCAACGAUGAACCUACUUCACAAUAUAGUGGAGACCAACAAUUGGAAAAUUACUACAAGCAGAACUUCUCAUUGAAUGCUCAUGAAAGCGAAGAAAAAUCCGUUAAUCUUGGGGAAACUGGUUCGUAUUAUGAAAAUGUCAGUCAAGGUCAAAAUGGCUUUGGUAUGCCUGCUGGUUCCCAAAAUCCUGUUUUUGGGGUGUACUUCAAUCAGCAGUUCAAUCAGUCUGGGAUUAGUCAGAAUGGCCACAAACGAAUUUCUUAUGACUACCAUAGCAAUCAGAAUUCAUUUAGCUUUUCGCAGCAGUGUAUGCAGAGUGCCGAUCAAUUCUCUUAUGCUCCUGCUGCAGAAAGGUCAUCUGCCGGCCAUCCUCCGCAUGCUUUGGUCACUUUUGGUUUUGGUGGAAAGCUCAUUGUGAAGAAAGAUAGCAGCUCUGCUGAAAGCUCAAACUUUGGGAAUCAGGCCAGUUUUUGAGGUAUCUGUCCUAU